UUCAUCACUGCCUCCCUGACUGUAUAUAAGGUGGUCAUAAACACCGACCUACAUGUGCUGCUUCUACCACAUAAACACAUUCUCACAACAGAUUAAUCAUAACAAUGUCUAAAACACAACCCUACUACGGAUUUGUGUCCAUGUCCAGGUUCCUCUUUUCAGUCACUCACCAGCACCUCCUAGGGCAGCUUUUUAUUCACCCCUGCAUACGGCUCCUGGGGCAGUAUACAUACAUGCUUGUUCCUUGGUUCGCAUGCCGUUGGGAGGCUCCUAUGGGUGCAUGCUGUAUGCAGGUUUCCGGUGUGUGUUGUGUAUGUGGGUUAUUGCAGAUACAGCUUCCCGGGUUCGCGGCUGUUUUUGCUCCGUUUUCUGGAAGACGGGUUCUAUGAACCGGGAGAGAAAGGAAAGUAGUCGCCGGCUUCCGGGGAUACCAGGCCGGUUUAAAAAUACUUUUUAUUUAUUUAUUUAUUUAUUUAUUUUUUCUUUCCGCCAGCGAAUCUGUGCUAAACAGAAAAUCGUCUUACCAACCGGGACAGGACGCAGCGGCCUGGAUUUACAUCGACGGCUUGGCUACUGACGAGUCUGCGGAUCUGCAGAGAGUAACAGGCCUGGACUCUUAUUAAUCCCGACAACGAAAAAAAAAAAAAAAAGAAACAUUGCAUUUAGUGAAAGAAUAAGAUAAUUCAAAAACAGAUAAUUUCAAACUCAGAGUUUACUUGAAUUCUUCAUAAGAAAACACAAAGGGGAACAUGACAUUUUAAAAAUGAAGUUGUCUUUGAGAGACCCAAACUGCACAGCUGGAGCACACAUGUUCAAAGAUGCUUAAACUUCUGGAUACAAGAACAUCAGUUUAAGGUGUUUGAUCUUUUGAAUGAAGAAAUAAAAAAUAUAUACCUUUUAACUGAUGCCCUUCACAGAAUUUGAGGUGUACUUGUAAAGCUGGGAGCUUAUCCCUGCGGACAAAGUUAAGCACAUUAUUGGAUUUUAACUCCCUUUUGUUUGUUCCUGUGGACCAUCUAUCUUCACUAACAAAGGACACUACUCGGAAGAGACUGAUCGCUCCUCUGGGUAGGAUUUCUCCACCCCAGCCCCCUUCCCUCAGCUGUGUUUGACUCCCGAUGAUAUAAAGUCUCCCACCCAUUUAGAACCCUGAAUCCCUACUCGCGUGUCAGGAUGACGGAGGCGUGGCAACAGCAUGCUGUGGCCCCUCCCCCUGUGGUGCACACCAUCCCUCCCGGUGCAGAGAGUGCACUGGGGUGUGCAGUCUACGGGAUCGUCCUGCAGCCAGACCCCGCCCUGCAGCAGCAGCAGCAACAGCAGCAGCAGCAGCAACAUGCUGCUCAGGCCCAGGCACAGCAGUCCGCCCUACAGGUUGGGGAAGGUGGGCAUAAGUGCGGGGCUUGUGGCCAUGACAUCUCUCAUCUGGCCAACCCUCAUGAGCACCAGUGUAUGGUGGGCCAGGACCGCUCCUUCCAGUGCACGCAGUGCCUGAAAAUCUUCCACCAGGCUACCGACCUUCUGGAACACCAGUGUGUCCAGGUAGAGCAGAAACCCUUUGUCUGUGGGGUGUGCAAGAUGGGCUUCUCUCUCCUCACCUCCCUAGCCCAGCACCACAAUGCUCACAGCAGCACUAACCCCAUGAAAUGCUCCAUCUGUGAGAAGACCUACAGGCCCAACUCAGCAGGGGCUGGUAAUGCCACCCCAACAUCUUCGUCUGGUAAUCCUCAGCAGCCCUCAGUCGAGGUCCCUGAUAGGUCAGGGGCAGUAGUAGGGGGUACUGCUAGUGCAGGAGGUGUAGUAGUGGGUGCCUCAGCCCCGACAGAAUUCGAGGCCUCCUCCCCUGAUCGACCAUACAAAUGCUCAAUCUGCCAGAAGGGUUUCCGGCACCUGUCGGAGCUGUCGCGGCACGAGCGAGUGCAUACAGGAGAGAAGCCGUACAAGUGUGACGCAUGCGAUAAGAGUUUCAGCCAGUCUUCACACCUGGCACACCAUCAGCGCACCCACAGUGCUGAGCGGCCCUACAAGUGCGCAGCCUGCGAGAAGAGCUUCAAGCACCGCUCUCACCUGGUACGUCACAUGUACGCCCAUUCCGGAGAGCACCUCUUCAAGUGCAACCUGUGUGAGAUGCACUUCAAGGAGUCCUCUGAGCUCCUGCACCACCAGUGCACCCCAGCGGGAGAGAGGCCCUUCCGUUGCGCCACCUGUGGCAAGGGGUUCAAGCGCCCCUCAGACCUGCGGCAGCAUGAGCGCACCCACUCUGAGGAACGUCCCUUUCAGUGUGAAGAGUGCCAGAUGAGCUUCAAGCAACAGUACGCUCUGGUGCGGCACCGGCGCACCCACAAGACCCAUGACCGCCCUUUCAAGUGCAACCUAUGUGAGAAGGGCUUUCUGCAGCCCUCUCACUUGCUCUACCACCAGCAUGUGCAUGGCAUUGAGAGCCUCUUCAAGUGUGCGUCCUGCCAGAAAGGCUUCAGCCAGUCCGGGGACCUGCUGCGGCACAAGUGUGGCGGGGCAGCUUCAGCCAUGGCUGCUGUCGACAGGCCGUACAAAUGCGAUAUUUGCGGCAAGGCUUACAAGAAGUCCUCCACCCUUCAGCGGCACCAGAACUCGCACUGUGCUGAGAAGCCACUCAAGUGCACCCUCUGUGACCGACGGUUCCUGUCCUCCUCUGAGUUCGUGCAGCACCGCUGUGACCCGGCACGUGAAAAGCCCCUCAAGUGUCCGGACUGCGAGAAGCGGUUCAAGUACUCGUCUGAUCUGCAGAGGCACAGACGUGUCCACACCGGGGAGAAACCAUUCAAGUGCCCCAGCUGUGACAAAGGGUUCAAGCAGCGGGAGCACCUGGCCAAGCACCAGAGUGUGCACACGCGGGAGGCCCAGUUCAAGUGCGUCUGGUGCGGCGAGCGCUUCGGGGAUCUUGUGUCACUGCAAGAGCAUAGUGUCCAGCACACUGCAGAGGGAGGCGGUUACCCUGUCCCACCCUGCAUACAGUAACUGGCAAGCGCAGACACACCACUAACCCACACCCAGUCCUCCCCACUACCACCCCCACAGUCUGGGACACUGACUCUCAGAGAGACUGGUCACACUUUUUUGCAGCAUAUGUAUGUGUGUGUAUUUGGGCAGCGGGGGUACCUCCCUUCUUAAUGACUUAUUUUUUCUAUUGUUUUCCACCAGCUAGCUCAACUCCUUCCUUCUUGGCUGCAGACUGGGUUUUAACUGGGGAAGCGUAUUGUUUUACUGGGGAGAAUAAGGGAGAGGGGGGGGUAAAAGUCAGCCUCAUACUCCUACUUCUAUGAGACAGCUUUAUUUGGGUAUAGGGAUUCAUUUUAUUCAAAGGGAUAAUACAGCUUGAUGAACAAGAUUUGUGUGUCCAGUCUCUUCCCCCGCCACUUUUUUUUAUUCAGGCUGACUUUUAAAAAAAGUCUCUAUGUUUAACUGCAAUGAGGGAUUGUCCGUUUCCUAGUGGGGAAACACAGUCCUAGACAACCCAGUGUUGUUCUGGGGUCUGAUUUCAACUGUAAUGAACAUUUUUUGUAUUUUUCUGAAAAUGACUAACUCCCCCUUCAUCCCAAAGACUUUUCCUUGUGUCUCUGUUCCUAUAAAAAGGAUCAAGAAGAAAAUUGUUUGCUGUUCUGCCCUUAAGGGGGUUCUUCUAGAUCAUUGACUCUCCAGGCAGCACAAGGAAGUGCUCUGUUCCAUACCUCUCUUCUGUUGCUGCUCUAAGAUUUUGAACAAGUUAAUUUGGAGGUUCUAUUGUGUUUGUAUACAAACUAUAGACAGCUGCAGGGCCAACAACAGUUGCUACACAGAAAUAUGUGAGUUUCUUCUUGGAAACCUAUUGUCAUUCAGCCAAUAGUUGGGUGACGCCAAAAGACCCUACGAAUCCAAUACCCGGGAGUCUCAAGCUAUGACAGUAGCAUCACAGUAGAGUAUGGAGUCUAAAUGUUUCUAUAAAACAAAACCUGAUAAAUUAGGUUUAACCCAUAGACUGUUGGCAGCAAUGCCAUAAUGUCUUUAGUCCAAUAAUUAACUUCUAGUUCUGUGUAGCAUGCAUCAGUCUUGACUCCCUCAUGGGCGUCUGUCUUGUCCAGAAGGGAGAGGGGGGCAAUUUGUAAUGGCAUUCUGUGCUUUAAUAUCUACUUUUGGGACAAUUUGCAUAGCAGUUUUUCUGACACAAAAUCUGACAACGUUCUUAAAACUGCAAGUUUGUUACUUCUACUGGAGCCUAUAUCCCAAAACUGUACCAAGAGAAUUUGGUAGUAGAUAGGAUUAGGAGCAGGUGCUGCAUUAUAUAAUGGCUGGCAUUUACCCCUUUUAGUGUUUUUAGAUUUCUAUUGUCUGCUAUUUAUGGUGAACUUUUAGCCAGAAGGGAUCUUGCUUACUGAAAAGACACAUUCCAUAUGCCCUUGGCUUGGGGACGGGGUGUUACAGACAAGAUCAGUGUGGGACUGAAGGCUGGCAAAUAAAUGCUUACAGGAAGCAGAAACUAAGAGGUGGGGUUGUGUUCAUAAAACUAAAUAAGUGUGUUACAUUGUAGCUUUUCUUCCAUUCUCCCCCGAGAUGGUGAAAAUGUGGAACUAUUUUAUGCUGCAUGGACAAAGUAUUGGAUUAGGUAAUGGUGCACCUGCUCUCCCUUACUAUAGAAUAAAUAAAUAGUAUAAUAGGUACCAAAACUACUCUCUUUUAGAUUCCAAAGAGACCUGAAAAAAGUUUAACUAGUAGUUUCAUGAGGAAGCUAUUCCACUAAAAGUCCAACAAACGCCCUCUCCCUGGUUAUGUGUAUUUUUUAUAUAUAUAUAUAUA